AUGUGCCUCUCCCUCGCACACCUUCCUGCGUCCGCCCCGUCUGUACCAGAGCGUCGAUGUGACGUCACGGUUGCGAGAUGGCCACUCGAUUGGGUUGUACAUAAACAUCAUAUCAUAGAUCACGACGACAACGAAAGUGCACCUGACGAAGCAGAUGAAGCAGACUAUAAUGAGGAAAGACCCGAUGCAGAAUAUGAAGAGGAAGAACAAUUCACCGAAAAUGAAAAUGGAUUACAAUCCCAAGAACAUUCUAAUGAAGAGGAAAAUGUAGAAGAUGAACAACAGUAUGAUCAUUAUGAUGAAGCAGAAAAUUUACAUCACGAAGAGUCCACAAAAGAAGAUGCAGCAGCAGAACCAGCUGAGUACGACGCGGACUGCCCUUCUGUGUGCCCGAGCAGAGCCGUGAUGGUCUGCGGCAAGUGCCAGCACGGCGUGUUCAGGACCUUCCUGAGCGUGUGCCAUAUGAGGGCUUUCAGCUGCCGGUUUACUGACGAAGUAAUGGAACUCGUGUCGCGGUAUCCUUGCUUGGCUUCAGCGCCAUAUCUUUCCUCUGAUAAAGGCGUCAACAUGGAACCCCAGGGCAAGCUUUCGCAGCCUGGAGACGACGAUAAGAUCCUAAGAUUCAUCAACUGCAGAAGCAGGGGGAAGCUGGGCCCAACACGCCUCAACAUUAUGGUUGGAGGCGAUGAAACACAUACAAACGAUAAAUGCAAUUUUGAUGAGGAGAAUGACUAUAAGAAUAAUGAUAAAUCGUCGAAUGAAUAUAUUAACUAAGAAAAUAAAUA